AUGCCUCCACCAUCUGUACAAGACGUCGACACUCUCGACUACGGAAUGAACGAUUAUGAAGAAGAGCUGCAGACUAAACUUGACAGAGAGAAAGAGCGCUCCAGAUCACUUCAGGCGCAGGUCGAUGUCUUGAUGGCGAGACUUGCAAAUGCGGAUGGCCACGACGCGCGGAGGUUCGAUUCGCCUGUCGGCGACGACCAGUGGGCGCACGUCCACGGCGCGAGGCUUUACAACGCUCCGCCAGCAUCGGAGGCCUCUUUGCCCUCCUUGGCCUCUGAUCCCGAGUAUAUCCCGAAGGCAGAACAUGACACUGCCCUCGCCCGCGCAAACGAGCAGGUGAGGUUCCUGAACACUAAGCGCGAACAGUCGCAAGUUGACGCGAAGGAGAUGCAGAAGCAGAAUGACUCGUUGCGCGUCGCGCUUGUGAACCGAGGAGAAGAACUGGCCGCGUACAAGGCUGAUUACAGGAACCUUCGUGAGCUGCUUGAAGACCCCCAUCGUCAGGCUGAAUUAUCAGCGCGUGCUUCUGAGAGGUUCGAGCACUUCUUCAACGAGGCUCUCGGACCAAGCGCCGUAGCCCAUCCCGUACUCACUGAGGCCCCUUCGUUCGUCAGCUACUCAGGCGGGCAGUUCAUGUCAGACGAGGCGAAGGCGAUAUGCGGUAUCUUUGCCAUGUUCUCGACUCGCGAGCAGACCAUGUUCUUCCCCGAAACACACGCAGCCCGUGCUGUCGUCGUACGAUCCACGCACAAAUUCAUCAAGAAGGAUGAUACCGCUUCUGGCCACUGGGAACGGUUCGAGAACCGAGCUGAUUUCAGCCAGGGCAAGAUUCGCCAGGUCUUCUGGCGCACCGGUCCUGUCAACUACAAGUACAUGGGAACGUACCGCUGCGUCUUCCAGAGCGAGAUGAACCUGAGUCAGGUCCCAGCGUUUCCGAACUUCGACCCCCAUAGUAUCAUUCGGAACGCUGUGAAGCAACACGAGAAGGUCUCGCCUCUCAUCACUUCCCAGGUGGAGAGUCUUUUCCAGACCUCGGCCAUCCGCGUGAAUUGCUGGGCUCUUGAGCGCAUAGGCUACAGCACGCGUCUCGAGGAUGCUCUCUUCCUUCCUGGUAUCCAGUCCAACGCGCCUCCUCUUCCAGUAGUCAAUGAUCCCUCUCCUUCUCGUGCACAAUACCCCCAGCGCUCCUCUCCAACAUUCGGUCAAGGCUCUGCUCGGGCCCCUGCGCCUUACACCAAGCGUCCUCGCGGCAACGAGUCGUACCACCCUCGGCAUGAUACGGAUAAAGGCCGCUCCUACCAGAAUAACCGUUUCCGUUAA